UUUCUUCUCAUUUCAACGUAGUCCAUAAUCAAAGACACGACGCCGUUUCGAAGAAGAACUUGUCCCGAAUUAGUACGUCCCUCUUCUUCUUGUUGAAAUAAUCUUCUCCAUUCUCUAGUCUCUUGAAGAUCACCGCGCGAAAAAAGAGAGAGAAAGAGAUGCAUCUAUGGCCCUCAGCGACGAUCAGAGACUCCUUCAAGCUUGCUUACCUGAGAAAGCUCGAAUGGAACCUCCAGAGAAUGAAAAGCGAAAAAGAAUCAUCAGCUUCCGUCAAUCAGAAGCUGUUAGAUAGCCAAGAAGGCGGAGUCCAACAGUCGAAUAGCCAAGAAGGUGAAGUCAAUGGAAAAGUGGCGGAAGUGCCCAAUCCAAAGGCUCAUGGAGUGGUCCUUGGACUUUGCAGAGAGAUCCUGAUGCUUCUCUCCUGUUGCUUCUGUUGUUUCUGCUGUGGAGCUUGUGCAGGGGAAGAUGCUGAUCCUGUCUUCUGAUGACAAGAAUUUAGGAAUUGAAUUUCAAGGAAAAUAUUAUGUAGUCUUUUUUUCUUUGUUUAGUCUGAUAUGUACAGUCUACACUAAUAGAACGUCAAUCUUCAUUGUUCAGACAAAGAUGAUUCAAGGAAAAUUUUAGUUCUUGUUUCAA